AUGCUCGCACUCGCUCCGUCUCACCUACCUUGUCAACCGCCAUCUGUCGUACACCCCACACCGCUUAGGCCCCAUACGUCGGCGGCGACAUCAGAGACAUACACGCUCCCUGGCCAUCGGCCACCACCACGGAAACUACAGUCUGCUUUCGCUCUUCCAACGUAUGCUGCAGCUUCAUCUUCACAUUCAUCUGUACCACCAACUCCCACUUCGCAAGAUAGCCCAGGCCCCUCUGCGCGUCGACCUGUGGCGCCACCGACACCCCCGUCACAGCCUGGACCACCCUCAUUCCGAUGCGAGCAGCUUGAGCACGAGGAAGAGGACCCACAAACACCGCCCGCAUCCGACUCGGAAGAUAACGACGACGAGGUGGUGCCGCCAGAGUCGUCUGACAUCGACGUCAACGACUAUGACUCCGAGACGCUGCUGGGCAUGCUCGCCAGCACGCUUAGUCGGAUUGCGAAACUGAAUAGCGUUCCUCCGGCGAAUACAUACAUGUCGACGCCUCUUCGACCACCACAUUCAUCUGACAGCGAGCAUCACGGCCCUAUAUGGCGGACGCUUACUACCGCAUCGCGUGAAUCUCUGGCGCGCUCACCUUCGCUCACUUUCCACGCACGUCAAAUACCCACCAUUGCACUUGACAGCUAUCUCCAGCGGAUACAGAAAUACUGCCCAGCGAGCAACGAAGUUUUCAUCUCGUUGCUCGUGUACCUCGACCGCAUGACGAGGCUGGCGAGGGACGCGUGCGGGGAAAUCAUUCCUAUUGACUUCUACAACAUUCACCGCCUGAUUAUUGCUGGUAUCACUGUUGCCAGCAAGUUUUUCAGUGACGUAUUCUACACAAACUCGCGGUAUGCCAAGGUCGGCGGACUGCCCCUUGCUGAGCUCAACGUUCUCGAGCUGCAAUUCCUCCUAUUGAAUGAUUUCCAUCUCACGAUCUCACCCGAGGAAAUGCAAUAUUAUACCAAGAUGGUAGAUCUGCAAUCCAAGAUCGGCGAUGACAUUUCCCUCACCCCAUUUCUCCCUUCGACGUUGUCUCCCAUGAUUCCAGACACGUAUAUACCCGUUGGGCCGACGGAGUAUUUUGCGGCGGUGAGCGCGUAUUUUGCCCACCAGCAGGCUCUUGCACAUCCCCAACGCGCAUUCCACCGCCUGAACGGUCAGAGCGAAUUGCCUUUAUUCUGUCCAGCGAUGGACUACCACCUAUCAAAGAGGCAGUCUAUGGCGAGUUUGGACACAACGAGCGAGACAGAGCCCGAGGUUGAGACGGACGUUGAAUGCUACACAGACGACGAGCCGACCAUCCGUGCGCCGCACUCGUCGUCCGAGUCGUCAUCGGAAACAACGAGCCUGCACAGCUCGACGAGCGGCGAUACUGACUCCAUAUUCACGGACGAUGAGGACCGGAGUAGCGACGAGCCUGACGUGCGGCUGUUCGACGGGCGACACUCACGGCAGGGUGGGACCACACAGCUAUGA